CGUUCAUCGUAGAACACGUAUACCAUGCGGGCCCAUUGUCCGCAUCACAGGGCACUUCGGGGCCCACGACGUCGGACACCGCCCUACGGCCACAACGCGUGAUGUAACACCCAAAGAGGGCGCCAGCCUCGGUCAGACAUCAUUGGUCGUAUCACCCUGAACGCGCGGAGGCCGAUGCUCCCAUGGCCAUCGACUUCUCAACUUCUCUCGCGUCCCCCCACCUAUGAAGACGAUCGCGUCCCGCCCUCCCGCCCGUGCGCCCUGAACGCUCUCUCUCGCCCCAGCAGCACUGGCUGCUACUGGUCCCCCGGCUCUCCUGCUCGCUGGCCGCUGGUCGCAGGAACCCCACUCCGCUCGAGACGCGAAGCAAGCUGGGACCGGAGUUGAUCUCCAGGACGAGCGCAGGUCGCCCGGGUGACGAGCCUAAUGAGAGAACCCCCUCCGCCGGACUUGCGGGGCCUCACGCCUGUAUUCCUCACGAUCCACGUCCUCGGCGGCCACAUUGGGCUGCCGCUCGUUGUAGCAACAUUCCUCAUCUCGAAGACGGCAAAGCGGCACCCCACGAUCAUUAACUUCUGUGUUAUAUGGAUACUGUAUUCUAUUAUCUAUUGCCUCCUGCUUUACGGAGGCAGUGAGCUGCAAGAGCACCCUCCUUACGCGCUAUGCCUUACCCAGGCCGCUAUGAAUUACGCUGCGCCCCCGAUGGCCGUCGUCGCGGGUCUUGCAGUCGUUCUCCAGAUAUGGAGUACGUUCGUGGAACCCUGGAAGGAGGCUCGUCUCGUUAACAUCCCUCAGUGGAUCAAGCUGCUCGCCAUGAUCUUGCCGCCCUACCUGGUCUUCAUCGGGUUCAGUCUUUCGGCCGGAUACUAUGGCCUCAAGAAUCCCCACUGGGUCCAAGUCAAGAACGGACUCUACUGCGGCCUCAUGCAUGGCAACUUCGAGAUGCUCGCUGUUCCCAUAUUUUGCGGAACACUUGUCUUGAUCAUCAUUGGUUUCGAAGUUGCGACGAUUGUACGAUAUUUCAGGGGACGCCGGCUCAUCAAGAAGGUUUUCCCCUUGGUAGACCGGAAGGAGCCGUCGCUCUCCCCUUGGUGCAGGGCCGCGCUCUUCCUGAUUUAUGCAGCGCUGACCCUUGGGGUGUGCAUCAUGGAACUGAAGCAGGAAGCGAGCGUGUUCGGAUACAUGAUACAAGCAGCCUUGCCCUUGGCCGCGUUCCUUAUAUUCGGGUUGCAAAAGGACAUCGUCUUGACGUGGUUUUCCAUGAACCGCAAGAACAGGUGGACACCCGACGAGCCAACCAUCAGGAUAUCUGGCGAGCCCGGACGCAUUGCACGCACCAUUUCGCUUAUGUCAAACACCACGAUCGACUCGACCACGCCUAUCGCAUCGCACCCUUCUUCAGCACUCUCCCAUGGAUGCGGUUCAAUCGUGUAAUGGCCAUGUCGACAUGCGACGGCAACCUGCCACUCUAACGCGGAAGACCAUCGCUUGCGCCGAGUUAGGUCGACCACAGGGCAUAGACCCAAAUCCCCAGGAGCCGCACAGAGGACGCCCGUCUGGACGUGUUCGGCGAAAGCGGUGCUCUCAGGGAGUCCGCACGCCGCAGCGUGACAACACUUCGCGCGCAGAACGGACCAACGACUUCCUUGCGAUCUUCAGGAGUACCGUCGAUGGACCCCUUGCGCGCGUAGAUGGUGGCUUUGAGGAGGGUGGUCUGGGUGACGAAGGGAGCGUGGAUGUUUCGAGAGAAGAAAUAAAUAUCCCCUAUGUACACAAGUGACGUCCGAAAUCCUGCAGCCAGGCGGAUCAUGCGCCGCCUACUAGGAUGUUGUUGAUCGGGAUGUGGAUGAGCUUCACGAAGUAGCCGAUGAAACCCAUAACCGCGAAGCCGAUGGCAACAGCCUUGGAGAUCUGGAUGAACUCUUUCCGCGAAGGCUUCGUGCAGCGAGUGAGGAACUGCUGGCCGUCGUGGACGAACUCCUGGGGUAUCUCAACGAAUUCCUUGAGCUUUUCGGACAUGGCGGAGGACGAGACUGAGUGC